CUUUCAGUAGAUCAAGGAGGUUAUUUCCAAACAAACAGCGAAUCAAAACAUUUAGAGGGAUCUGAGGACAGACAUGGACUCCAACGGAUCGUCUCUCAUUCGCAGCCAGUCGCUGGCGAGCGGUUUGGAGAAAACGUUGCCGUCGUGGAACAAGCCUGCUCUCUCUCAGAGCAGCAGCACUCUGUCAUCUCGUCACUCCAGACAGAUUAUCAAAGACUGGGAAGUAAUAGAUGAUCUUCAAGUAGAAAUGCAAGCAGGAAGUGAGAGUCCUCAGGAUAGGUCCGCUCCAGGAAUAUGUGAGGGGUAUCUUCUCAAGAGGAGAAAGUGGCCUCUGAAAGGCUGGCACAAGCGAUACUUCAUUUUGGAAGCAGGAAUCUUACGCUACUCCAAAAGCCAACAAGAUGUCUCCAAGGGUCGAGUCCAAGGUUCUUUAGAUGUUAGUCAUGCUGUCAUGUCCAUAAACAAAAAAUCUAAUCGGAUCGACUUGGAUGCUGGUGACAUCCUCUAUCAUAUUAAGGCAAAGAGCCACGAUCUCUUCUACAUUUGGGUGACAAAGCUGCAAGCGCACCGCCUGUUCAAAAAGAAGGAGCCAACUCACACUCACAGCGGCUUCCUGCAAGCACUGUGCAACACAACUCCGACUAGACAAGCCCACAGAAAUGGAGAUAUGGUGACUUGUCAGAGUUUUGCAGGGGCAGAUAAUUGUGCAGGAGGAUCCGGGGUCUUACCAUCAGCUAACACUGCCGUAAACACCAAGGUGUCUGCCUGGCUGAAGCAAAGCCACAAUCCAGAUAUGUGUGUUCAAGAGUUGAACCAAUGCGAUAUGGACCUGUCAGAGCUCAGCCGUUUGAUUCAGAGGCUUCAGGCAAUGGAGGUGAGCCAAACUUUCACCAAUGGAGACCUGCAACGCAUCAUCAGCAUACAGAACCUGUCUCUUGAGAAGCCAAAGAAGACAAAGUCAGGAAAAAUGUGGGGCCACUCCCGCACACUAUCCAGAGUAGAGGCCCUGGGAAUGGUAAGAAUGCCUAUUCGUGGGAUUUCCAAGUCGCUGUCCUCCAGUCACCUGAGCAGCUCAUCCCACCUCGGCGUGUCAGUGCCCUCCAUCCCAGACUACGUCUACUCCCAGCUGUCCCCUCCCACGAUUGUAUCACCAGAGGGCAAGAAGAUCCAGCAGGACAUCCGCGCCAUGUCAGCACGGGUGCUUUCUUCUCUAAAGUUGGUGCAUGAAACUCUGUCCCUGGAGAGGCAAAAGUUGCUAGAAGCUUGGGAAGCCAACAACCUCCAUCAGUCUAACACAUUAGCUGUGCCUGCGCCAACAAAUCGGCCUCCUUCGGUAACAGAUUCAGUUGCAGAAUAUUUUGAUGCCAGCGACGACGUCCUCGGUGGUAGUUCCUCUGAAGUGUCUUAUGAAUCCGGACUUAGUGAUGGAAGCACCAGUAAUUCAGAACCAGAGGAGGGACAUGCAUUGACAACCCGAAAGUACCGUGCAAGCAUUUCCAGGACUCCAAACAACGUAAUUCCCAAGAGUUCUGGACGUCGAACAACCCUACCAGCUUAUUGUCCUGACAACAGCCACGUCGGCCUCAUGGCUAUUCUCUACAACAACAUAGGCAAAGACUUGGCUCGUGUGUCCAUGCCGGCCGCUCUCAAUGAGCCGAUUAACCUGCUGCAGAGACUGUGUGAAGAGCUGGAGUACAGCGAGCUGCUUGACACGGCUAGCAACACACCAGACCCAUACCAGAGGAUGGUUUACAUUGCUGCCUUUGCUAUUUCCGGUUAUUCCACUGCAACGUUCAGAAAUCGCUAUAAGCCCUUCAACCCAGUUCUGGGGGAAACCUUUGAGUGUAUCAGAGAGGAUCGAGGUUUCCGUUUCAUCAGUGAGCAGGUCUGCCAUCAUCCACCCAUCUCAGCCUGCCACGCCGAGUCAGAAAACUUCACAUUUUGGCAAGACCAGCGAUGGAAAAAUAAAUUCUGGGGGAAAUCAUUGGAGAUUGUGCCAACAGGAAUGGUCAAUGUAACUUUGCCAAGGUAUGGUGAUCACUAUGAGUGGAACAAAGUGGUGACGUGCAUCCACAAUGUCCUUAGCCAGCAGAGGUAUCUGGAGCAUUAUGGGGAGGUGACCAUCCAAAACCUGACCAACAACACCUGCACCUGCAAGAUCACCUUUGUCAAGUCACGUUACUGGGGUUCAGACUCAAACAAGAACGAAGUUCAGGGAACAGUGACUGACCAAAGUGGUAAUGUGAUUCACCGGUUUGGAGGUCUUUGGCAUGAAGGAAUCUUCUGUGAUACUCUACCAACACCAAAAUGCAUCUGGAAGCCUCAUCCUCAGCCAAAGGAUUACCUGCUGUAUUACGGCUUUUCUUCUUUUGCCAUGGAGCUGAAUGAACUGACGCCAAACCUGAAGCCUCUCCUUCCUUCUACUGACACCCGCCUGCGCCCAGACCAAAGACUAUUGGAGGAGGGGAAAGUUGCUGAGGCAGAUAAGAAGAAAGACGAUGUUGAGGAAAUUCAAAGAGAGCGAAGAAAACAGCUCAUGAAGAGGGGUGAAGAGCACGUUCCACGUUUUUUCAGGAGAGCCAAAGACUCCAGUGGAAGGGAUGUGUGGCUGUCCAAUGGCACUUACUGGGAGCUCAGGGAGGAUCCAGGUUUUUCUAAUCUUGAAAACAUAACUCUGUGGUGAUGGAAGGCGACCUCAGCAACAUGCACAAGACGACGUGCUAAGGAGAAAGCCUGGAAAUCCCCAGUUUUUGAUAGUUUGAACAGCAUAAAUGACUCGCUGUGAUGAAGCGGAGACAGUGCUGCUUCAGUUCUCAUAUGACUGGUUUAACAGGGAAUCUUCAUCAACACAAAACAAUAUAUUACUUUCACUUUUGUGAAUUCAUUUUUAUCAUAAUCUGUAGAAUGCUUCAUCUGUAUGGAUGCAUAAUUCUAUGAUUUUUGAAAGAUUUCUUUAAGAUUAGUCAAUGCAUAAAUCUUGUUAAUAUUGUAUCCAAAUCUUAUCCGAUUUACUAA